AUGGCUCCAGUGAACCAGGCAAAGGACAAGAAGCAUGAGAAGGCACAUGAGCAUCGGCCGGAAGACACGAAAUCAGCUGGGAAGAGGAAACUGGACUACAAGGAACUAGGGAAUGAGCCACAAUCAAAGAGGUUGUUUGUGAGAAAAACAUCCAAACCCCCAGAGAAAAUCGGUUGGAGUAGAGGUGGGUCCAUGGUGAGAAACAACAGAGUCCUUUUCCAUCAGCUGGAGCGGCAGUGCAGCAUUGUUCAUUACGUGUACCAGAACAUGCUGGGAGGCUCCAUUCGGGCACAGCUCAGGCAGUGUCUGCAGCUGCCCUUUCUGCGCUCUCUUGCCUCAUACCGCCUCUUUCGAACAGCAAGUCCCUUUGACAGGAGGGUGACAUGCCUGGAAUGGCAUCCAACACACCCUAGUACUGUAGCUGUUGGUUCCAAAGGUGGAGACAUCAUCCUUUGGGACUAUGAAGUACUUACUAAAACCUGCUUCAUAAAAGGGAUGGGAGCUGGAGGGGCCAUCACAGGAAUGAAGUUUAACCCUUUUAACCCUAGUCAGCUGUACACUUCGUCAGUUGCCGGCACUACCGCCCUGCAGGAUUUUAAUGGCAAUACUGUCCGGGUCUUCACCAGCACCGAGGACUGGGAUUGCUGGUACUGCAGCGUUGAUGUUUCUGCAAGCUGCCGUGCGGUGGUGACCGGUGAUAAUGUGGGCAACGUGGUCCUGCUCAGCACUUCUGGUGAAGAGAUUUGGAAGCUGAAAUUGCACAAGAAGAAAGUGACUCACGUGGAGUUUAACUCCCGAUGUGAGUGGUUGCUGGCCACAGCGUCUGUGGAUCAGACAGUCAAAAUCUGGGACCUCAGAAACAUCAAAAACAAAAUGAGUGUUCUUCAUCUGCUUCCUCAUGAGAAACCUGUCAAUGCAGCUUACUUCAGCCCAACAGAUGGUGCCAAGCUCCUGAGCACGGACCAGCAUAGUGAAAUCAGGGUUUACUCAUCUUCAGACUGGACCAAGCCACAGCAUCUGAUCCCACAUCCACAUCGGCAGUUUCAGCACCUCACACCUAUUAAGGCAACGUGGCAUCCUCGCUACGACCUCAUUGUGGCAGGUCGUUACCCAGACCCCAAAUUCCCAGGAUACACAGUGAACGAGCUACGAACUGUUGAUGUGUUUGAUGGCAACACUGGGGAGAUGGUUUGUCAGCUCUAUGACCCAAACGCUUCUGGCAUCGUCUCGCUCAAUAAAUUUAACCCUAUGGGGGACACGCUGGCUUCUGGCAUGGGCUUUAAUAUUCUGAUCUGGAGCCGGGAGGAGAUGGUGGCCAAGAAGCAGGAACAUCUUUUGAAAGCCAUGACAGAACAGGGGAUUGGAAGCUGGAGUUUGUCCAGAUGUGGAGGGCAGAGGCAGGCAAAAUCUGGGACGAAGAAACUCAAAGCUAAUUUGUAUUGGGAGCUGGAGGAGAUGGGAACAAAAAGCAACGAUUCUAAAUCAAAAUCCCAGGGAAGGAAGUUAAAAGGGAAGAAUCUGGAGAACUGAUUUAGUAUUUUCGUCCUUUCUGGAUCACAGGGUACAAAUUCAGUGUUGGCAAUGGGCAGUAUAAGCUGUGCAGGGCAUUAGACUUCUACUUUGUCCUUCCUCCCUGGAUCUGAUCCUGCUUCCCUCAUUCUCGUUGCUUC